AAUUUUUAACUACUUUACAGUAUGUGAUGUGACUUUCAACAAUAUACCGCUAUAUCUGUUUUGCUGUAUCUUAUAGAUUACUGUGUAACUUUCUUUCUCAUUCUCUGUAUGUGUCAAAAAUUAUGUUUUCAAAAUCAGUCUCAUAAUCGAUAUAAAUAAUUGAACCAUGUUGUAGCAUAGUAAGGACGUAUCUUAUUCAUAGCUUGAAAAAAUUAUCCUGUGACAUAAGGAAUUUAUUAUUGUUGUAAUCAAUUAAUUAUUUUUAAAAUAAAAGAACGCAAAACCAUGAUGAAGAUAAAACAUAUUGACGACGUUCAAACAUCAACGGUAGAUGAGCAUAUCAAAUUAAUAGUUGAGGAUAAGAAUAUACUCGACCCAAAACUAAUUGAUAUAACUGCUAAUGAUUUUCCAGAUUGGUAUAAUGAAAAAUUAUUUAAAGAAGGUCAAAACUAUUACAAGCGAAAUAUGUUACUGGCAGAAAUGAGUUAUAUAAUGGGCGUUAUUUCAAUCUUAGCAAUUCCAACUAUACGGCAGGUGUUGAAAUGCACAAAACAAACUAGUACGCCUUGCGUGGCUUUCAAAAGACACCUUAUAUCGCAAUUACAUGUAUUCAACACAAUCAUAUGCGAUCCAAGUGACCCAUAUUCUAAUUGGUAUAAAUCGAUAAAUAUAAUUCGCUGGAAACAUAAUAUAACUACCAAGAUAUCAAAGAGAGCGGGUUUAGAAGGAAUUCUUCAGAAAGAUAUGGCACUUACACAAUGUGCUUUUGUUGCAUACAUUUUCAUUGUGACUAAAUCUUUCAGUCCGUGUAAUAAAUUAAAAGAAGAAGAAGGAUUUAAUCAUUUUUGGCGUGUGAUAGGUUACAUGAUAGGAAUUCCUGAUAGAUUAAAUAUAUGUCGCAAAAGUGCAAUGGAAACCCGUGAAUUGUGUGAGAAGACUAUUAAUAAUAUAUUUGCGAAUUACUUGAACAAUGCUUCACCGGACUUUUAUCAUACAAUAUCAACUGUAUUAAAUGGAAUUGGGCAUAUGGACAUUACUUUGAAUAGAGAUGCUUUGCUAGCAUUUACUUAUCGGCUAUGUAAUAUUGAAUAUAAAGUGUCGCUUGGAUGGUAUAGUUGGUUGAAUAUGAAAUACCGCGAUCUCAUUUUUAAAUUGUAUUUUUUACCAUAUAUUGGACCGAUAGUAAGGAUUUUUUAUAAUUUUAUAAUGGUACUCAUGUAUUGGAGCGCGACGACAUGGCCUCUACUGGCAUGGCUGUCAUUUGGAAAGAAAAACUCUUACAUCGAUCUUUAUCGUAAUUACAAAGAAGAAGAAUUAGAGAAAGGAAUAAACAAGAUAAAUAGAGAAAGGAAUAAACAAGAUAUAGAGAAAAAGAAUUAGAGAAAGGAAUAAACAAGAUCAAUUAUCAAACAUUGCCACUCAAUAAAUUUUAAGAUAUAUCUUAUAAAAAAAUCUGUGUUCAGAUGCAGCAAGAUGUGAUGAAAACUGCUUAGUUUUGAAAGAGAUUCCACAAUUAUAUUAUCGAUUUUAUUUUAGAUAACU